UAAAAUAAACUGUCAAAUGAAAACGUAGCAGAAGUUCGUCAUAUAUAUUCGGAUUUUUCUGGAAUUGAAAAAUACUUUGCAACUAGAAAGUUUUGAAAUAAAUUCAUAAAAACAAUUUGCUAUAUUCUUAAGAAAUCACGUUUCGCCAGAAUAAAUUCAGGUAUUUGGGGCACACACAUUUCGUUUAUUAGUGACAACCCAUUUCAAAAGUUAUAACCACUAGGUGCUUAAGUAAAGUUGUGAAAAGCAUCUAAAAGAAGAUGUCGGAUUGGGACACAGUCACUGUACUUCGCAAGAAGGCGCCCAAAGGCAGUGCAGCCAAAUCGGAGACGGUGGUUAAUCAUGCCAGACGACAAGGAGUACCCGUAGAAACAACACAAAAAUACGGUGCGGGCACCAAUAAGCAACAUGUAACCACAAAAAAUACUGCCAAACUGGAUCGUGAGACUGAAGAGCUUAAGCAUGAUAAAAUUCCACUUGAUGUUGGUAAGCUAAUUAUGCAAGGACGUCAAGGAAAAGGCCUCAGUCAAAAGGAUUUGGCUACUAAAAUCUGCGAAAAACAACAAGUCGUCACCGAUUAUGAAGCUGGCCGUGGCAUUCCUAACAAUCUAAUUUUGGGCAAGAUUGAACGUGUGAUUGGCAUAAAAUUACGUGGAAAAGAUCGCGGCCAACCGCUACAGCCUCCCGGUAAGAAAUGAGUUGAUACUGCGGCUGCAAGUGGCAACGCUAGUACUAGUAAUUCAAAACCAAAAAAACAACAUCCAUAAAACACAUUAUGCAGUGGCAAACAAAUAUCGUUGCUAAUGUGAAUGCAAAUGUAUUGAAUGCUACCAACGUUAAUGCUUACACCACCAGCGGCAAACGCAAGUAAAGUUAUCGGGAGGCUGAAAAGCUUUUCUUCCAUUAUAUGGGAAGCGACACUAUUGUGUUGGGGCACACAUUUUUUUUAUUUUCAAAUUUCAAAUUUCAUGUAAUCAUCCAAACAUACAAACAUACAAAAAGAAAACUUUUUAAUUUAAUCUUUAUUUUAUUUGUGGAUUUGAAUCUAAUAUAUUCUGCUUUCAGCGACAGCAUAAAUACACAAACCUGUAGCAACAUUACAAACACGAAGUAAAGCAGAAUACAGAAUAGCAAAAAAGGAAACUUAAAAAAUGAUAAUUGUAAUGUAAAAUAAGAUUUAAUUACAUUAAAAUUUUGUGCUAACAUACAU